GUGUCUCAUCGUGUACUUGUCGCCGUAUACACCUCAGUAUCUCGGAGCAUCGCAUUAUCGCAUGCCGGUGUAUUUCGUUGCUCCCAAAAAAGUGUUAUUUUUCAUUGAAAUUACUUUUUUUGUAUUAAAAUAAUGUGCUAGUUUAUCGAAGUAUCGAAAAACUCGACGAUAAAAAAAAAUGAGUAGGUCCAGUGACGAAGUGAGAGAAAUAACAGCAGACUCAAUGUGGCAGCAUUUCAAGCUGCUAUUUUCCAACACCAUUUACGUUAUAGCAGGAGUCAUCGGCCUGCUUCUACUCGUCACUGUCGUUGCGGUAGUCGUCAUACUGACAGGUGGUGGUAAUUCUGGCGAUGUAGCGAUCGACUACUCGAAAGCCCUACUCGUAAGUGACGAGCGAGACCUUUGGGCGCUGGAUCUCGACAGUCAAAAGAAGAUCAAAUUGGUGAAAUCCUCGAGAGGCAUCGCUGCAUUUGAUCUCUACAAUAAGGAUACUAUUUACUGGCGAGAAGUCGGCUCGUCCUGGGUGAAUUCUCUCUCAACAAAGUUCCACAAUCUCACUCAGGCGAGGGAAUGGGAUCCGAACUCCAUAGCCGUGGAUUUCGUCACCCACAAAGUCUACGUACUCGAUGGUUAUGCUGGAAAAGUGAACGUUUACGAUCCGAAGAGUACGAAAUUCGGUAUCGCUGUUUCUGAUCUGAAGAACCCUGUUGACAUAGAUCUGGAUCAUGCACGUGGUCUCAUGUUCAUCGUGCAGAAAUCAGAUUCGAUACUCAAAGGCAACAUGGACGGAACUUACUUCCAGAAGAUAGUCGUGAGCUUAGGUGUGACAGCCUUAUGCGUCGAUACCCAGACUCCGAAGCUCUACUGGUCUGAUCUCAUGACCAUCGAAAGCUCCGACUACGAUGGUAACAACCGACUGACCGUAGCUACAGUCUCUAGUACGACCAUGAGUCUUGGCGUCUCGGGAAAUCGACUAUUCUGGACGAGACCUCCAAUCAAUUCCAACGUCAGGACUUUAUGGUCGUGCACCACGACUAACGGCGUGUGUAGCGAGAGUGACUUUCAACAGAUAUCUUUCGAUGAUCCAAAAGCGAUAAAGGUGUACACUGGUGAGGUGCCAAGUAUCAAAAAUCCUUGCGAGGACUCAAACGGAGGCUGUGAACAACUUUGUCUUCUCACGGCUAACGGUGGACACACGUGCGCCUGUUACGUUGGUUACCAGUUAAAGGAUGAAUCGUACAAUUGCGAACCGGUCAAAGAAUACAUCAUGUACGCACGUGAGGAAUUCUUCAGAGGGAGAAUCCUCGACGAUAAGAAGCAGUCUUUCAGCGAUGCGAUACUGCCUAUCCGCUUCCACACGGCGGUUUUGAAUAACAAGAGGACCAUAGACUUCGACUACAACUUCUAUACGAGGACCAUUGUAUUCAGCGACGAUCACUCUAUCAACACCGUCGAUUUGACCCAUGAAGAACCUCAAGGAAUUUACAACAGGGAUAAUUGCAUCAGAGACGUUUCGUUCGACUGGGUGACGAACGACGUUCAUUACGUCAAAGACAACUGUGAUACUGCGGAGAACACUACUCUGGUCAUUCUUAGACCAAAAGAAAACACGUACUUUUGGAAGACCUUGCAAACGUUUCAUUACAGCGCGGGUCAUCCAACUUCUCUGGUAGUUCACCCCAACAACGGCUGUCAAUAUUUCACGAUGCUUUACAAGAACGAAGGUCGGAUUUAUAAGAAGUGUGGAUUGAAACUUACGCCGUUUUUGAGUGAUGAGACGGUAUUCGUUAACGAAACUGGACUUGCCAUCGAUCACGAAGUGGACAGGCUGUACUGGUUCAAUCCCACUGCAACCGAACUUCUGAGUGCUACUCUGGAGGGUUCGGACGUCAAGAGCAUCGAUAUUUCCGCAGUAUGUCAUCCGAAGUCCGUUAGUAUUUACGGGCGAUACGCGUACGUCGCAAAUCUGACGAGUAUUUGGAGGUUCGAUAAAUCGACAGGAUCUGGUCUCAGAAGACUGUCGCCUAUGUUGGAGGACGAUUCGAACGAAUUGAUAGCUGGCGUGAAGAUAUUCGGUCAGUUGGUGCAGAAAGUGAAGAGCGACAAUCCAUGCGCCGUAGAGAACGGUAACUGCGAGCAAUUCUGCGUUCGCACUCCGAGGAUAAUCAUUGGUGAAUCUAGGACAAUGAACGUCACUGGCGAAGUACAAAAGAUCUGCGAAUGCGAAGAUUACAAGAGUAUACAAGACGAUGGUAGAUCUUGUACGGAUCGAUAUGGCUGAGCGUGGACUAUCUAUUUUGUACUCGUGGAAAGCGAUGUUAUCAGUAGCUUAAUUUAUUUAUUUAUCCGAAUAAGACUGUGUUUUUUUACAAUGGAAUUCUUAAUUUUAAGUACCCUUCAUGUUGUAAAUGUGUUCUAUUGGGUUCGUGAUAGUGUUAUCCUCUAUCGAUUCUAUGUGAGGUGCUACGUUGUACAUGAAUAAAUUGAACCCUAAAAAGC